AUGGCUGCAUCCCAGUUCCGCUUCCCCUUCCUCGCGGGCGCGGGUGCCCUGGCCUUUGCAACGGUGCAGGCAUCGCUCUACGACGUCAAAGGUGGCACGAGGGCGGUCAUCUUCGACCGUCUGACCGGAGUCAAGGACACAGUCGUCAAUGAGGGCACGCACUUCCUUAUCCCAUGGCUGCACCGCGCCAUCAUCUUCGACGUCCGCACCAAGCCGCGGAUGAUCGCCACCACGACGGGAAGCAAGGAUUUGCAGAUGGUCAGCCUGACACUGAGGGUCCUCCACCGGCCUGAGGUGAAGGCUCUGCCCAAGAUAUACCAGAGCCUUGGCACCGAUUACGACGAACGUGUCCUCCCCUCUAUCGGCAACGAAGUCCUCAAGUCCAUUGUGGCCCAGUUCGACGCUGCCGAACUCAUCACGCAACGUGAGGCCGUCUCGCAGCGCAUCCGCACCGACCUGAUGAAGCGCGCAUCCGAGUUCAACAUUGCGCUCGAGGACGUCUCCAUCACCCACAUGACCUUUGGCAAGGAAUUCACCAAGGCCGUCGAGCAGAAGCAGAUCGCCCAGCAGGACGCCGAGCGGGCCCGCUUCAUCGUCGAAAAGGCCGAGCAGGAGCGCCAGGCCAACGUCAUCCGGGCCGAAGGCGAGGCCGAGAGCGCAGAGACCAUCUCCCGGGCCAUCGCCAAGAGCGGCGACGGACUUGUGCAGAUCAGGAAGAUCGAGGCGAGCAGAGAGAUUGCGCAGACGCUUGCGUCAAACCCCAACGUCGCCUAUCUUCCGGGUGGCAAGCAGGGCACAAACAUUCUGUUGAAUGCCGGUAGGGCAUAA